AUGUCAACUUCGUUCUAUUGCAUAUACCAAUACAGGUGAUAUGCGUCGUUAAAUUAUGCCAGUGUUUUUAUGGUCUGAACUGUGAGGUCGUUAAUUCAGGCGCAGUGACGUAAAGACUUUGUCUGACCUAGAUAACGCAUUUAAUACGACGUAAACAAGCUGAAGUACCUGGAAGCGACAUUUUACAGUGGUACAGUGACAACACCAGCGAUUCCCGGCAUAAGCAUGGACCUUGAAAAAGCGGACCCUGCUCUUAUGAAAACAGAAGAAGAAGAAGAAAAAGAAGAAAUAGGAGACCACUCUCAACCGACUUCCCUGCUACAAGUUGCUCCACCACAUGACGAUAAAGAAAAGGAUGAGUCCCAGCCUACGUCUGCUGUCACUUGCAAUCCUGCAAAUUCCAUCGAGACAAAGUCAACAGAAGCAUCCCCUGAAGUGAUAUCUACUGAUUCUACGACAUCACCGGAGGUGACAUCGUGUAACGACGUCGUGACCGACCCGCAUGUGACUUCGACAGCUGCAGGGACGUCACAUGACGAAGCCAAAACCGCUCCGGAAAUGGCACCGAACCUGAACAACGAGAAUUCACAGAAAUCUCCCAGCUCUUCACCGACUUUCCAGGAAAUACUGGAUCAGAACCGAGACAGGUGCUUACUUGAGAUGCAGCCCGACUCGGUAUUGGAGGAAUUGUUUCAAAAAGGGGAUAUUACUGCAGAGGAAUAUGAAGAAAUCUGCAGAGUACCGAUGAGGGCGGACAGAAGUGCAAAGCUAAUUGGAUUCCUCAAGGAAAGUACUGUUGACACAUUCCAUUCGUUUUGUACAUCACUCAGAAAUACCGAUCAGCUCAUUUUGGCACAGGCUCUAGGAGCUAUAGGGCCUAUACGGGUGAAGAUAAAACUGACGUCCUCCGUAAAGCAGGAAGGGCUGAAGCUGAUAGCUCUCGGCUUACUGAACGAUAAAGCAAGAAACACCAAUGUCCUCCGUUCCGGAACCUCUGAGGCCCGUUGUACGCAUGUGCAAACGAUAGACCUGGGGACCGUGAUUUUGACUUGCCAGUGCCAUGACAUGAAGGCGUUGGAGGAGCUGAAGCUGAUAUAUGAGGAUGGAUCCCUUACCCAUAUGUUUGAAUCCUGGGCUGGAUUGGACGAAGCCGGGGAUGAUCAAAGGAGGUAUGCUGUAGGCGUGAAAGUUGACGUUCAAAUCGACCCGAAAGAGUUUCAUGAUGUCGCUGAAGAACUGAAGAUUUUGGAGGAAGCAGAAAUAUAUCGAGAACAACAAAAGGCGUUCAUCUUGCGGCAAAGAGAGAAAAAAGCGGAAGAAAAAGCUGAAUUGAAUCAACGAGCUUAUGCAGAUGUUAUUAUCCAAAUGGAAACCACGGACUUGUCCGAAGAAGCACUGAGAGAAAUGUUCGCCCAAGCGGGCCCAUUCAUCGAAUCAGACAACGAAAGCAUAGAUGGCGUGCUGGUCUUACCGGAAAACAUCUUUGUGAAUUCUGAAAGUUUGCUGCAUUUGGCGGAGAUUGAACUGACAGUGUUGGGGCUGCGAUGGAGCUCAGUGACGCCUUUGGAAAUAAAAUCACAGCUACAGAGAUUGAUUGCCACAAAAGUCCUUCAUAAAGAACCAAGUGACACAGAACUAGAAAUUGUAACUCUGAAUGUAAAGACAUGCUGGGGAUCCGAAGAGGCGUCCAUCUUAAAAGACACAGCUGAUCACAACUCUGAAGACGCAGAGAAUGUACGGAUAAAGCUGCUGCGAAUAUUCCUACCGACGUUGACAGCAUUUCUUCCAUUGGAAGAGUUCGUUUAUAAGAUCAGAGUCCUUACAUCAGCAGACAAGGAGCACGUGCUGUUUCAGCAGCGCCGCAGCGGGAGGUCACAUGCAGUGACAGCGCUGAUGGAGACGCUCAUCCUGCGGCCAUGUUGGUACAAGGAAUUUCUGCACACACUGGAACACAUGGAUACGGAUGACGGCAAGUUCAUCUUGUCAGUGUUGGCAGGCUGCCAAAAUAUCCCAACUCAGUCCAUGGUCAAAUUUCUACAAAAGAGUGACGAGCUUUUGGAGGUCAUGCGCAUGGCCAUGACCAUGGGAGACGAGAAUAUUCUCUAGAAAGCCUACGAAGUUGUCCGCGAGGGGGCCAAGACAGCCCAGGGCCUAUACCAUGUACUGACUGGCGCUGCCCUCGGAGUCGGGGCUGGUUUUGUUGCAGCGGGUCUGACGGGAGCGUUUCAUGGUGCCGUUGGUGGCCCGGUUGGAAUGCUCAUUGGGGGGACGCUAGGCGUUGCUGCUGGUGCAUUCUACCAUCUAGGAACGAGUGGACUCUUUGGGUUCAGCGUUGGAUCACUAGCGGGGUCAUCCGCACGCUCCGAUUUCACUCAAAUCUUCUGCAGAACGCAAGACAGCGGGUUCGACACGAAAAAAUUCAUGGAGCGUCGCACGAAUCUUGCCAAACAAAUUCAAAAACGACAGCACGAAAAAUUAAAGAAAGAGUUCAAAAUGAUGCACCAAAUGGCAAAAGACGGUGCCGUGGAGGAAGGCAAGGAGGAGUGCGAGACUGAACGAGAAUCUCGAGAGGAAAACGAAACACAACCGGACUCAGAAGAGAAGCCUUUUUUGCAGAAAUGGAUGAAGUCAUUUGAUUAGAUGUUGUUGUGAAAUAUAAACAAACACAGUUCAUUUAUAUAAUAUUGCUUUGGUCCACCACUGAUAUUUUAUUCCGGUUUUAAAAAUGCUAAAAGCAUUUUUGCGGGAUUACAACAUACUUUGCCUCGUUUUAAAUUUUUAAUAAUAUGAAUGUCUUGAGCGAUGGAACGCUUUCUACGGUUUAUAUUUUGUUUUGUUCUUUAAAACAGUUCUUCGUUUUUAUGGUUUAUCUUUUCUGUUAUAUUUUCUUAUUUUAAAUUAUUUCAUUAAUUGCCUUUUAAAGAAUUUUAUUAUAAACAUGGAUACAAGAAAUUUGAGCAACUGAAUGAAUUUAUAUUGCGUUGCACACAAUCGGAAACGUGAACGACUGCACAUGUGCGAUGUAUUGUGGUGAAGGAUUUAAGAGAAUAACGCAUAUUAUUAUGUCAGAAAAAUAAGAGGGAAAAAGGAUUUAAUGUAUUAUCCAAGAAUAUUGCCUUUUAGUUUGUAACACACAUACUAAAUGUACGUAUAUGUACCAGGAGUUCGGUUAGACAACUGCUUCACAGAUUAAACCAUAUGUUGGAGAUUAUCUGUUAUUGUAAUAUGAAUUAAGUUGAGUAUGGGUUUUGAAGUGCAACAAUUUGUGAUGUAAA